UGCUGUCAAACGCAGUGGAAAGGGGCGGGUCGGUUCCGCUCUCUUGUUGGAGGGAGGCGGGGUCUUCUUGUUGGGAAAAGAGAAAAAGGAGUCUAAGGAAGACAAGGACGAUACAACUGUUGGGAUGGCUGCAAUUCGUAAAAAACUGGUGAUAGUUGGAGAUGGAGCCUGUGGGAAGACUUGUCUGCUCAUUGUUUUCAGCAAGGAUCAGUUCCCAGAGGUUUAUGUACCUACAGUAUUUGAAAACUAUGUGGCAGAUAUUGAAGUUGAUGGCAAACAGGUUGAACUUGCACUUUGGGACACAGCUGGGCAGGAGGAUUAUGAUCGCCUGCGACCCCUCUCUUAUCCUGACACAGAUGUAAUACUUAUGUGCUUUUCCAUAGACAGCCCUGAUAGUUUAGAGAACAUCCCUGAAAAGUGGACCCCAGAAGUAAAACAUUUCUGCCCCAAUGUGCCUAUUAUACUUGUUGGAAAUAAGAAGGACCUACGGAAUGAUGACCACACACGUCGUGAGCUGGCCAAAAUGAAACAGGAACCAGUGAAGCCGGAAGAAGGUCGUGAUAUGGCCAACAGAAUUAAUGCCUUCGGUUACUUAGAAUGCUCUGCCAAAACAAAGGAUGGUGUCAGAGAGGUCUUUGAGAUGGCAACAAGAGCAGCUUUGCAAGCCAAGAGAGGUCGGAAGAAGAACACUUGCCAAUUGUUAUAGAAGAAUGCAAGAUGCCUAUCUGACCAGCUCUUCACCACCAUCACAUCAGCAUUUCCUCCUCCUAACUAGAUGGAUACAUUAAGGCUUCAAGACUAAGGGGGGGGGGGUGUCGAAAUAUAUAUGGAUGUGUGGUAGCCUAAUUUUGUUUUCAUGGGCGCCAGUGGAUUUUUGUAUGAAAGCCUCUAAUUUCUAUACUGUUGGAUGAAAUUAAGGUUGUAAUUAAAAGUAAUGGGGGGACAAGGAAGAAAACUAACUAUUGUUACCUGAUGUAUCCAGAGUGUCUCAGAAUACUGAUGAUAUCCCCAAGUGGAAUGUUAGCUGUGGGGAAAUUAGACAAGACAGUGGAGCAUAUGUGAGCUUACCAAGCCAGCCCACGCAAACAGGCAUUUUUAUACUUGAUGUUUUUUCUUGCUUGACAGUAUUAACCAGUGUUUUUUGGUUGACACUGGUACCAAGCUCAAAUCCAAGGAGUUAAUAUUGGUGACUUGCAGCUGCAAGCAAGUGGGGCUGGUUGCUUGGGAAAUAUAUUUUGCUGUAUGUUUCCCUCAUUGAUAUUCUGUCAGCCUAACUGCAGUAUAUUACCGAAAUGUUGCCACUGGUGUAAUACAAAAAGGAAUAAAUUGUUUUACAAGCUCAGAAAAAUGCUACCAGCCUUUAGCAUUGGUGCCAUUUUUCAUUCAGUUCUCAAUGCUUUAGGCUAUCCUUUUUGCAUUGUGGAGUACUUCAUUUACUGUAGGGGCUGGACAGUAUCUGUAGCUAUUUGAAGAGAUGGCAUUAGAAUGGUGGCAGGUAGCACAACUUUAGUCCACCUCUGUGAUUCUUUUCAUUCUAUUUACAAUUUAAGGUGGGAAAUAUUAAGAUUAUUUGUUUGGGGCCACAUUUUGUAAAUGUUUUGUUCAAAUAAAAUAUUUAGGUCACUUUCAUAAAUGCUGUCACCUUUUAUUGUAAAGAUAUUUUUGUUAUAUGUACAGGCUUAUUUUCCCACUGCUCUCUCACUCCCAAAUUGCCAUAGUUAUCAACGGAACAAUUUGUAUAUUUGUAUAGACUUUUUGACUCUGAGUGAUUUUGUAGGGUGAAGUAUUUAUCCUUUUCAGUUACAAAAUUAGAGUUAAUAUUUCUAAUUCUUGUAAAAAAAAAAAAUCCUGAAUAAUAACUUUUGGGAAUAGCUUGUUCUGACAGUGAUUAUAUCAUCCAUUACUAAAUUAAGUUUUUAAUUUUUUUCUAGUUCAUGUUAUGUAAUCUAAAGCAAUGGACAUUUUAUUUCUGUUGUACCUUGUUAGGAAAUUCAUCUGUGUGCCAAAGUACCAGUCAGUUUGUUUUCCAUUUUACCCUUCCCCGUAAAAGUAGGCAUAUAACAGAUGUCAGUGCACUGAUAUAAAUUUCCAGUUCUUUAUACUGGGAUCUAGAGGGGCACGUUUAGUACAUUGUGAUUAGCACCAAGAAAACACUUUGCAAAUUGUGUAGUUAAUGCUUAUUUUGUGUCUACACUGUGUAGUCUUGCAUAUUUUUUGUUCUGAAAACUGUUUUUAGAUCACUGUAUUACAGUACAAAAAAAAUGUUUUCCUACUCCUUUUCCUUGCUUUUACUUAUCACUUGUUGACAAGUCUUUCAAUAAUGGCUGUGGAAAACACCAGUAUUACUGGAUGGAGUUAAUUGGAAAAAAUAGAACUGUAGUGAACUGUGCUUUUUAAUUACCAAGUUGGCAGCCUAAGUGUCAGUACUGCAGGUACAGUAGUGGUUAUUUGUGCAAAGCAGACUAGAAGUACUUGUGUCAGUGGGUGUACUGCAGUGCAUAGAGACCCAGAAUUUUCUGUCCUUCUGCCUGUCUUAAAAUAGAGCAAUUGUUUCAUAUUUUCCUGACUUAAAUAAUGGAGCAUGUUUUGUCCAGGACAACACUAUUUUCCCAUACAUAACUGCAUAUUAAAUUGGUGGAUUGGUCAUCUUGUGUAGUUCUACCUGUAAGCAAGUAGUCUUCAAAAUAACUAGUGUAUUUCCAAAAAAUAAUAGCAUGAAGAUUUGAUUAAAAUUUAAUUUUCUGGGUGCUGUUUUCCCUUUAGGCACUUAAAUACAUAUGUUUAAAAAAAAUCCUCAUGUUUGAACAUUAUUUUAUCUGUGCAACAUUGUAUUUCGGGAGAAACAACUGUUAGGUGCUUUCAGGUGAUACCAUACCAAGAGGAUGAUGCCUAUGAACUACAAAGGAAAAUUCUGCAUGUUAUAUCAUGCCUUGUUUUAGUAAAAAAAAUGUAAACAAAAGUGUAAGCAGUGGAAAUCUAUUUUAGAAAUACAAAUGGAGAACUCUGGCACUGUAGCUCUUUAAUGUGAGGCACUGUGAUGAACUAGUGGGGAGGUUGUAGCGUGAAAGCAUUCUGGUGAACUUGCCUAUAUGAAAUGGUGAUUUCUACAAAUGAUGGAAGGGGGGUUCCAGCACUAUUUACAUUUUCCUGGCUGUUCUUAAAGAAUGAAACAUGUCUUUGACUUCCUGUUAAUUUGUUUUCUGUACUGUGCAAGUCUUUUGGAACUAGCAGUAGGGUUGCCUUAUUGAUCUGUUGAACAUGUUCAUUAUGGCUGAGAGUUGCAUAAAAUUACCUUUGCCUACUUAGUAGGAAAAGCAGUUGUGAAAGAAGCUUUGUUUUGCCACAUUUGAAUCAUCAAUUUUUUAUACUGGGUGCAUCUUGACUUUGUGGUAUUUUACCAUGCAGAAGUUUCCUGUAGUAACACCACUGUUAAGGUAUCCUUAUUUUUAGUAUGUAAACAGUGGAGCUUCUCCAUAUAGCCUGCUGUACUUAAAGUUUUAGAUCUAGAAACUUCUCGUUUUUCACUUGGGUACACUUGAUAAUUUGCAUCCCAGCUUUCUGCAUAGUAGUGAAAUGUUUCAGAUUACAGUUUCGUUUGGAAGUGCCUUUAGAAAGUGAACACCAUGUUGGUAGGUGUGUUGGAUUUCAAAAGUGGAACUAUAUGCAUGUCUGGAUUACCAUUUUCUUAAUCCUUUUUCAUGCUUGUCAGCUUACAAAUGUUUAGGAGUCCCAGUAUAUUGCCAUGAUUCAGCCACUGUUAAUUUUGAUGGUGAACUUUUGAGUGCAUGGAGUGGAAUAUUCCUCUGUCUUUUAAUGAGGAGUGUUUUUUUUUUUUCUAGGAAGGAGAUUAACACUAACUUGAAUAUAGCAGUGUUUCUCAUUAAGUAGUCCUAGCCAUUCAGUUUUUCUCUUUGAGAGAGAAUUAUUUCCCAGGAUUCUGUAUUGGCUUUUAUAAAUUUAAAGAGGAGAGGAUAUUUUUCUGCUCUAUACAUUUCUUAUACACUUUAUAUAAUAUAUAUUCUAUAAAUAUGCAUUUAUAUUUAUCUCUUGUAUUUGGAGAUGGACAAAUGUCACCAUACAUCUUGACAGUAAAAAAAAAAAAGUAACUGUCAUUUUAAAAUGGGCAGUAGUGACCUUGUUUUUAAUUUGAUCAGGAAGAAAAUAGAAGAAAAGAUGUGGGUAUUCUUAACUUCUAAUUAACAGUACAGUUUGUGAUCAAUUUAUAUUAUUGUGGGGGUAGAAGUAGUCUGCAUCUGCAUCAUUAGGAGAUUUAAAACUUGCCAAGCAGUCAAACUUGCUAGCCAAUAUCAGUCUGUCUUAAGUUUAGAAGAAAAAUAGUCAGAGAUUUUAUUGACUUUCAUUUUGACGUGUACUCACGGAGUACCAUUUUUUUGUGUGCUUUUAGUUGUAUUCACGUUACGGAUGAUCACUGACUUUUUCAUUUGUACUUGAACACAAUAAUGUAAUAAAUUUGUAGCAAUGUUUAGUAUUGAUUUUUCUGAACUUCAGUUUAGUUGUACUUAUAAAAAUUGGUGAUGGGGUCCAGUUUGCUUUAACUGCUGUUGGACAACGCAUCUAGAAAGUUGUGUCCUCCAUAAUUAAAAGCUAGCUACUCUUU